AUGACGUUCGGAAUAGGAAUUUUUACGACAUUGCCUGGAGUGCGGAUGUUCUGCUUAUAUACAUGCUUACAAGUCACAUUCACUUACAUUUACCAGCUAACUUUCUUUUCGCCUGUACUUGCUUAUGCGGCUGAAAUGGAGAACAACGGCACCCAUUCUCUUCUAUUUAGGAAAGCCAUGGAGCCAAACGAAACGACUUCAAGGUGGAAGUUAUUCUUCUUGGGUGGUUCCGUGAGCAGAAAAUCUUUGGAGAGUACGAAAGUCGUGCCGCAAACAACAAUUCCAGUUAUGGAGUGUCGAUGCGAUGUCUGCUACACUGAUGAUAUCCUAAAAGUCGAUGCCCGCACAAUGUUUGGUUGCGUGCUUAUAACGGGAUACAGUAAAGUUGGUGAUUCAGAGCUCAAAAAGAAGCCAAGUGGAUGGAAAUCAAAACUGAACAUGGCGGUCAGGAAGAUGGAAACAAAGCUUGAACACCAUGAGCAGAACGUUAACAUUGUACCACAUGAGGAGACUUUUGUCAACAAACUGUUUCGAGAGAUUAUUGGACCAUUCAUAUUGGAACGGAGCACUCAAAUCUGCGCAACAUUGCUUUACCUCGUUUACAUAGUCCUGGCAAUUUUUGGUUGCUUGAACAUGCAGGAAGGUUUGGAUCCAAAGUUUCUUGUUCGGGAAUCUUUCUAUCUCAGCAAUUUUUACAAGCUCAUUGAUGAGAGUUUUUGGCAGGAAGGUCUGCAAAUGCAGGUGGUUGUGAAUCGGCCACCAGAUCUUUUCAACUCGACAACAAGGGCGGAAUUUUCCAAAAUGAUGAACGGUUGGUCUGCGUCCUCAACGCGAUCUACUACCAUUUAUGCGUAGCA